AUGGUGAAGGUUUUAAGUGUUUUGGUGUUAGUUUUUAGUUUUGUACAGUCAUGUUGUCAAGUUUCUCCUAUAGAACCAGAAGUUAUUGGAGAUUUAACUAUACAUUGUGGUCGAAGUGAUACAAGCAUUGUAAAUAUCACGUAUUAUGGAGAUAUUAAUAUGAUGUUUAUAGAAGAUAAAUAUGAAGAAUGUAGCUCUGAGGAAAUUUCACCGGCACAUCAUGUUAUUUACAAUAUCAACGGUCGAGAUUGUGGAUUCCAAGAAUUUAACAACACUAAUACGUGGGCAGUAACAGUGAGAUUACAGAAAGGGUUUUUGGUGACGGCAGCUGAUAAGAAGGUAAAUUUGGUGUGUGCUUAUGAUGAUGAUGUAGCUGGUGGUACAAUAAUUAACUCUACUUACGACCCGGUCCAACCACAGCAAAUGAACAAAAUCAAUACAGAAAAUGUUAUGUAA